UUAAAAGCGGUCUCUAUCUGUAAUCUUGUGCCUUUCAAUUCAAUCCUUUGAGUGCCGUAUUUUUCCCCAGUUGUUUUUUCGCCUCUCUUUCUCUCUCUCUUUCUGCCUUUCUCUCUCUAUCAUCAAAAAGUCACUGGCAAUCAUGAGCAAUGAAGGAGAGAAAAGGUGUCCUCUUUGUGCCGAAGAGAUGGACUGGACAGAUCAGCAGUUUAAGCCUUGUAAAUGUGGUUAUCAGGUGUGUCUUUGGUGUUGGCAUCACAUAAUGGACAUGGCAGAAAAAGACGAGUCAGAGGGUCGAUGUCCUGCAUGUCGAACAACAUAUGAAAAGGAGAAAGUUGUUAAAAUGCAAGCAAAUAUUGAGAGAGCAGGGAACAACAACGUCCACCGGAAAAGCAAACAACCAAAAGCAAAGCCAAAAACUAAUGAAGUCAAGAAAGAUCUCACAAAUGUUCGGGUCAUUCAACGUAAAAUGGCAUAUGUGAUUGGGCUGCCUCUUAGUCUUGCAGAUGAAGAUCUUUUACAGCGGAAAGAAUAUUUUGGGCAGUAUGGAAAAGUUACUAAAAUUUCUCUUUCUCGGACGACUGGUGGUGCAAUUCAGCAAUUUGUUAAUGAUUCCUGUAGUGUAUAUAUUACGUAUUCAAAAGAAGAGGAGGCCGUACGAUGUAUUCAAUCUGUGCAUGGUUUUGUCUUGGAAGAUAGGUAUUUGAGAGCAUCCUUUGGGACUGCAAAGUACUGCCAUGCGUGGUUGAGAAACUUGCCUUGCGGUAAUCCUUCUUGUCUAUAUUUGCAUAGCAUUGGUGCUGAUGAAGAUAGUUUUGGUAAAGAUGAUGCAGCUGCAAUUCAUACAAGGAAUAGAGUUCAACAAAUUGUUGGCGACAUCAGUAAUAUGACGAAUCGCUCAGGAAAUGUCUUGCCACCUCCGAUUGAUGAAUUAUCGAAUACAUCGACUGAGAAAUCUAGCAUUAGAAAUGCAACAAGUGAUGCAGCAAAUGAUGCAAUUAAUUACAGUAGCUACACGGCUCAUGGAAUUCCUUAUGUUAAGGAUAUAGAUUCUGGUGUGCCGAACCGAAUGACAACUUUUGUAGAUAUUGUUGGACGGUCCAACACUUCAGGUACAGAGAGAGAUGGAAAUAGCAAUGAAGAUUGUAGGAUUUUGGAUUUAUCUUCUGACCUAUCUUCAGUAACCAUUACUAAUGGUAAUCAUGGUCAUGAAACAUAUCCGAACACAACUCUGUUCAAAGUUUCAUCUUCAAGUCACCUUGUCAAUAAUCUGUGGGGGAACCAAAAUUCUGUUGAAUUUUCUGAUGAACCAUUCGGGGAACAUUAUAUAUCUUCUGAUGAUCAAGGACUGAAGGAUUCAAGUAGCGUGGCUCUAAGGGCUUUUCUUAUGUCAUCUUGUUCUGCUCAAUCCACAGAGGACUCCGGUGAUCAUUCAUUAGUACAUAAGUCAUAUAGUCCGUGUAGCAAUGGAAGGGAUUUUGGAGCUUUACAUAAUCAAGUGGAUGAAGCUUCUCUGCCACUUUCAUGUGUAAAUGCAAUAUUAAAUGAAGGAAUACAUGAUAUGAAAUUCCAAAGUUCUGUCAAAUCUGAUAGGGUUUACAGAAGUUCUACCUCAUUCUCCAAUGAAGAAAUAGUGCAGCACCUACGGAGGAUUGAUAGUGAUAACUCGACUAACUAUGAGGAUUCAUCAUUCAAUGCUGUAGAAAGCAGUAUUAUUUCAAAUAUUAUGUCAAUUGACUUUGAUUCAUGUGAUGAUUCAAUGGCCUUACGUCGUAGCUUUGCUGGCUCGUAUAAUGAAUCUGAUGGGAAGCUUGGUGCUACCUGGAACUCUUUGCAUAAUGAUCAAUCGGGGUUCUCUUUCGUGAAGCAAGAUGACUUUUCAAGGCAAGAAUGUGAUUUAGAGUCUCCUUUUAGUAAUAUUGGUCAGGUAUCAAAGAAUUCAUCCAUCCCUCAAGAUUUCAGAGAGAACAAGGAUCAGUAUGUGCAGAAGGCUUCGUAUCAAAUCACUAGACCAAAAGUUUUGGCUCCACCUGGAUUUUCAAUGCCCUCUGGGGACCUGCUUCGCGGUUUUGCCUCAUCUGAUGAAAUAGGACGAAUCCCUCGUGCUCUCUCCGGAAGUCAUUCAGUAAAUAGUUCUUCAUCAAGUUUGCUUCACACACCAUCAACUGGAAGUAUUAGCAGUGCAGGUGAUAUUGAUUUUGUUGAACCUGCCAUAUCAAGCUGUGGAAGCGGCAAGCCAACAAAUGGUUUUGAUAUCUCUGCCCUGGAAAUCGGGUCAGCUUGUGUACCACAGUUUAGAGCCUUUGAAGACGAGGCAAGAAUCUGGCAUUUGAUGCAACAAAAAUCUGUAGAUCAAGAAGGGAAAUUCUCUCAAGUUUUUGUUUCACAAACACCGUCUGUUCAUCAAUUACAAAGAUUUCCUGGUCAUGGCGGGGAUGAAUAUUUUGGUCUAGAUGAUAUAUAUGGCUUCUCAUCGAUGGUGAACCGACACCAAAGUUUUGAUCCAUCUUCCUAUUCACAAUUUCCACAACAAAAGCUUGCCAAUGGUAACAUCUUUAAUGGCUUCCAGCACAAUAGUUUCCGCGAUAUCCAUCAUAGUAAUGAAGUAGACUGCUUGACAGAACUCCAGAAAAAUGAGAGAUUAGGUUUCAAAAAUUUCUAUGCUGGAUAUGGAGAUAUGAUGUUCCAGGCGCCCAGGUCUGGCGAUGUAUACACCAGAGUUUUUGGAAUGUAACCUGUGACUCUUUGAAAAAAGAAUGAAAUUGUCCCCAAUUACUAUUUUGCUAUGUUGUCUGCGGAAAUUAUAAAUAUGUUACUAAUUUCUACUUA